AUGCUGGACGAGAUGGAUGCCCCCACCCUGAUCCAGCAGGGCUCUUCUGCUGUCCUUAAGAAAAAGACGGUUUUGUAUGGGUUGUUUCUGUGCUCGUGGGCUGAAACCAUUAUCUCCCGGCUUCUGUUAGGCCACCAGAAAAAGCUGAUGUUAGCUGUGAAAAAGUUGGCUGAGAUCCAGAAGGCUGAAUACGUCAAGUAUGAGUCUGGGACCCUGAAGAAGAAGGGGGCACCUCAGUCGCUGGACACAGUGGCCAUUGAGUCCCCCCAGCAGGAGACGGCUGAAUGUCAGUCCCCCAAGAUGACCACUUUCCAGGACAGCGAGCUGAGCAACGAGCUGCAGGCAGCCAUGACGGGCCCUGGUGAGGAAGGGGCAGAAAAGCAGGUCAAUCAUGUGGGGCACUUCCGCGAAGGGGCGGCCUUCCAGCACUCCGCCCGCCUGGCCCACGAGAACAGUCUGAGUGGGCGGGCUAAACUCAUGAGCAGCUCCCAAGAACUGCUGGGGGAUGGACCCAAAGCCGCCGGCACGGCCAUCUCCAAGAGCCAGGAGUACCUGGCGGAGGACGGGAAAGAGGGACCGGCGACUCUCCCCAAGGAAGUGCGUAGUCUCCGACACAGCCACAGCAUCAAGCGGGCGAGCGUGCCGCCAGUGCCUGGCAAACCGCGGCAAUCUUUUCCCCCAUCCGGAGGGCACUACACUCCCCCGCAAACGCCCACCAAGCCCCGCCCAUCCUCGCCGCAGACACUUGGCAUGGCACAUGCCACAGCCAAGGUAAAACCUACGCCACAGUGGCUGCCGCAGUCGGACCGCCCCAUGUCUCCCCGUUCACUGCCUCAGUCCCCCACGCACCGCGGCUUCGCCUAUGUCAUGCCGCAGCCUGUGGAGGGAGAUGCUCAUAUGGCAGGACCCUUGGCACAAGCUGUGCCGGUGUUGCCUGUCUCAGUGCCCGUGCUCUGCCUGCCGCCUCAGGCUGGAGACGGCGAGGAGGAAAGCGGCCGGCCAAAGAAGAGGGCUCACAGCCUGAACCGUUACGCCAUGUCAGAUAGUGAGCAGGAACGAGACGAACUGCUGGUGCCGGACGCCGGUCCCUAUGCCACUGUACAGAGGCGAGUUGGGCGCAGCCAUUCAGUGUGGGCGCAGUCGGGCAACGAUAAGAAUGUCAAUCGCAGUCAGUCCUUUGCCGUACGGCCAAAGAAGAAGGGUCCCCCGCCUCCGCCCCCCAAACGUUCCAGCUCUGCAAUCUCCAGCACUAACAUGGGUGACGACUUCACCAAGGAAGGGGAAGAGGGACCGGAGCCCUCCCCGGAACAGCAGCAGAGACGGGCCAGUGAUUUUGGCGGGACUAUUGAUACGGGCAGCGCUGGAAGCGUCAAGAGCAUCGCGGCUAUGUUGGAAAUGUCGUCCAUUGGCGGUGGUGACCGGGGACUCGCCCUGCAGAAGCCACCCGGCCUUGGGAAGGGCUCCGACGGAUACUACUUGCAACCCGGUGCUGCUGUUCACCCAUCCAGUCCAGAACACUCUCGUAUCGCGACCGUGCUGGCCACAGUGAAGCACAAGGAUGCGAUUGGGCUAGACGGCGAGGUUGUGAACCGCCGGCGAACAAUCAGCGGCCCCGUCACUGGAUUAGUUACAGCUGCCCGCCGUGAGCGGUCAGAUAGCAUCAAGUCUGACACGGCUGCAGAUGGCGGCCCCACCGAGCGGCUGCGAGUGGAGCACGCUGGAGCUUCCCCGCAGAGUGGUUCUGGCGAGAACAUCCCCUUUGCCGAAGAGGGCAACCUGACCAUCAGACAGCGACCGCGGCAGAUGGGGGUGGCCAAGGCUGAAGGGGGGGAUGCCCCGUUGCUCUCCCACCGUGACCUCACCAAGGUGGAGGCCAGUGCCACCCUGAAGAGGAGGAUCCGGGCCAAGCAAAGCCAACAGGACGGCAUCAAGUUCCUCCUCACAGAGUCCGACACGGUCAAGAGGCGGCCGAAGUUGAAAGACAAGGAGCAGGAACCGGCACCGUUGUCGGUGUAUCAGAACGGCACGGCCACCGUCAAGCGCCGCCUGGCCUCUGACACGAGCAGCACGGGAGCCUCGCAGGAGAAAUCUGACCGUGUUUCGACGCAGCUCCCCGUGGAAGGCGAGCCCAAGAAACCGGCCAAGCCACCAGUAUCUCCUAAGCCUGUCCUACCCCAGAAAGCCUCUGGGCCCCCCACGCCCACCUCCAAAAAGGCCCCAAUUCCUGGCCCUGGCAGUCCAGAAGUGAAGCGGGUCCACGGCACCCCACCUCCAAUCUCCCCCAAGCCCACGCCUCCCCCGACCGCCCCCAAGCCGAAGGUCCACGCUGCCCUCCAGUCGGCAAGUGCCAGCUCCACGCCCGCACCGUCGCCUGCCAAGCAGCUGGUGCCCACCAUCAAGCCGUCAAGCACACCCCCCUCGCUCUGCUCCAGCCCAGCCAAGCCCCUCUCUCCCGGCGGGGUGGCGUCUCAGACAGUGCCGGUCAAGCCGCCGCGCUCUUCCAUGGCUGGGCCUUCGGCGGAGAGCGUCAGUGCGGAGAGCGCCCACCAGAAACUGGAGGAGACGAGCGCCUCGCUUGUGGCGGCCCUGCAAGCUGUGGAGGAGAAUCAGGAGGAUGGGCAGGCAUCAGUCUCCGCCGCGGAAUCCAAGAGCACAGUCAGCAUCCUGGACGACAUCGGCAGCAUGUUCGACGACCUCGCGGACCAGCUGGAUGCCAUGUUGGAAUGA